GAGAGAAAAUGAUCAAUUAUAACAACUCUCUUCUCUGCCUUAAGACCCAACGGUUCAAUUUCGUUUUUAAAAUUCAAACUAAGGCUUUCCUGAGUUUUGUGCUUCUCUCUAGAACGAUCGAUCUAGAAGAUGAUGACGAUGAAGCAAAAGAUGGAGGACGAGAAGAUAGUUUCUCUGUUGGUGGAAUCAGGAGUUGAUCUCCGGAACUACCGUGGACAGACAGCUUUGAUGCAAGCUUGUCAAUAUGGUCAUUGGGAGUUUGUUUUGUUUCUGAUUCUUUUUGGUGCUAAUAUUCACAGAUCAGAUUACUUAAAUGGCAGUACUGCUCUACACCUUGCGGCUCUAAAUGGUCAUCCUCGGUGUAUCAGGAUCUUGCUUUCGGAGUAUAUACCAAGUGUUCCUAAUUGCUGGAGCCUAUUGAAGAAUAAGAAAUAUUCAGUUGCUGGAUUUGAUCCAAGUGUUCUUCACGAUGUGAUCAACAGAGCAGCAGAUGGAGGAAUCACACCUCUUCAUGUGGCGGCUUUGAACGGACACAUAGAGACAAUGCAGUUACUCUUGGAUUUGGGAGCUUCGGUUACUCAGGUCAAGGACUAUAGUUCUAGCUCUGGUUCUCCACUACUUUUGCUGUUCAUGGUAACGGUGACACUGACACUGACACGCUUGAUGCUGAAACAAGAAGAAUGGGACGAGCUAUAUGCUAAAAUCAUCACAACUCUCACUAGAUCAUCCUAGUUUUUAUUUCAAGCUGCAGGACUCCCAGAAUUUGACCACAAAAGGAUAAUUUGCAAAAGUGGCUUACUGAUGAAAAAGCCAGGGAUUAGCUAGUCAUUCGUUCUGACCGUCAUACUAGAUUCUCUGUUGAUCGUCUGUAUUAUUGGGUUGCUCCUUAGUUGGUGUUUGGCCCUUGUUGCAUGUCUGCCAUUGCUCAGGUUUGUUUCGUUUCUUCAGUUUACCCAAAGAAAGCCUUAUGUUACUGUAAAUAAUACGGCUUGAAAUUG